UUUUUGGACAAAUAAUCUCUUGUCUGGCAAAUGAUUUGGUGGCUUUGUUUCUAGAAGUCAAAGAAAAAGAAGGUGUGCUGAUGAGAGACCCAGCAGCUGAUUAGCCAUUAUGUCAAAACGUAUAAAGGAUUACUGUUUGAAUAGCUGUGGAGUCAUGACUAGAUUAACCUGCUAUAAGGCCUCAGGGUAAAAAUAUCAGCCAGGUCCCACCCCCUUCCCCAGUCCAGUUCUGAGCAGGGAUUCACAUCUGUUAUGUUACACAUUUUGGGGUUAGACAGUUUGCACAGCAUCACAUGACAGGGGCUGUAAAACUACAUUUUGACAUCAUUAAAAGCCAGUAAAAGAGUGAUGUUCCCAUGAGCUAAAAACAUUUUCUCCACAAGUAUGUCCAAUGCAAACACACUGACUGUGAGCCUUCGGGACAGUUUACUUAGUCACUCAGCUGCUUUGUAUAAAAGUAACAUAAUUGGUAUAUCUUAACAAAAGAACAGAAGUUGGUCUUUGUUCUCAUCUUGGAAAACCCUCCACCCUAAAAAAGAAACAGGUCACUGCCUGCAACAGAGUCAAUGGAACAAAGAGCCAAAGUCUGAGGCCUAAAAACAAACAGACUCUUAUCAUAAAUUAUAGGUGGGAAAAGUCAUGGCUAUAAAAGUUAGUGUAAUUGUACUUCACAAGUUGCGUAAAGACUGUCCUUUCCGUGGACACACACACCUGGUGGAACCGCCCUUUCCAUCUGGCAGCGGUUUCCGCUUACAACUCCAGUCAAACAGGGCGGUUCUCUGAUCCAGUGAGGGAAAACUGAUCAUGUAGGUAGUGUCCAUUUACAGAGAAACACAGCAAGGAGCUUUGAUGCAACAGAUGGACAUUCAGCAAAGAUGAAGGUGAAUGGAUUGGGCUUCACUAGCCACUCUCUUUCAAGCAGCCAUGUGCGAAAACCAUCCAGGAGGGUGGAAGUAUCGCCACCACCGACCCCAGAGUUUAAUUUCAGUCGCUUGAAUCAUAAUACUUUCCAUUAUGGGAUGUACACUCAUCCAGGACCCAAGCAGUCACACAGGACGAGCACUCUGCUGGACCGCUCAUUUGGUUCUGAGUCAUUUCGUCGCUAUGCCUAUUCAGAGGCACCCUGUGCAAUGCGGCCACACACGUCCUCAGCUGGGCUCCAGAGCUUCCACCAGAGUUCGUUCAGACAGUCAGCAGCACCACAGCCUGUGUUUGCAAAUGCAGAGUUUCAUCAAAGCGGCGAAUAUGGCUCUCGCCAGAAUCACAGCCAAACCUUUGUGAAACGGGAGAAAAACAUUGCGCAGGGACAAAGCGGUGAUGUGAUGCUUGGUGCUUACCAGCCUGAUGAAGGCUUGUCCUGGUUGGUUCGGGUCAGAAGAGACGACCAGGAGCUCGGCAGAAUGAAGUCAUACCCGCCGUCGGUUGCCAGCAUGGAGGUAGACAUGGGGAGGAAGGUGGAAGUAGAGCCCCAUGUUCAGCAGAUACAAACACAAAAUGUCAUGACACUGAAGUCAGAGAACAAGCCCCCUGAGAUGACGUUAGAGAGGGCCGUGAACCUGCUGACCCAUGAUAAUGAAGAAACACUGAUCUGUGCAGCCAGCAACAUACAGAAUCACUGCUUCAGGAGUGACGAUGCCAGAAAGACUGUUUACUAUCUUCAUGGAAUUGAAAAGCUCCUGCAGCUCCUCAGCUAUGACAAUGAGAACCUGCAGCGCGUCGCCGCUGGGGCUCUACGUAAUGUUGUUUACCAGAGUAGCGAAAACAAGAUGGAGGUGAAGGAAAAUGAUGGCCUGGCUACCAUUUUGCAUACACUGAAGAGCAGUCGUGAUGUGGAGACCAGACGAGAGCUUACUGGUCUUUUGUGGAACCUGUCUUCUCAUGACCUUUUAAAGGAGAGCCUCUCCAGAGAAGCUUUAUCUGUCCUCACCAAGUCAGUGUUGGUGCCCAGUUCUGGCAUUUCUGAAGGCGAGAACCCAAAAGACGAGCUCCUAGCUGAUGCUGCUGUAUUUCACAAUUCCACUGGCUGCCUGCGAAAUCUGAGCUCUGCUGGCCCAGAUGGCAGGAAAGCAAUGAGGGAGUGUGAGAAUCUUAUUGACUCUCUGGUCUAUUACAUCCGGGGAGCCAUUGCGGACUAUAAGACAGAUGACAAGUCCACAGAAAACUGUGUCUGCAUCUUGCAGAACCUGUCUUAUCAGAUAGGGGCCGAGCUUCCUGAGAUGUACACCAGAGAUGUCCAUGAAUCCCAACAGAGCUUGGCUCCCAAACCAAAGGCUGUUGGCUGCUUUGCUAAUCGCAGUGCCAAAAUCACAGAGCAGCUGGAGCGACAGUGCCCCCUGCUGGAGGAGAAUGCCAACCCCUGUGGUAUAGAGUGGUUGUGGAGCACCAUCGCUAUCCGCAUGUACCUGUCGCUGAUGGCUCGCAGUGCGCGUCAGUAUACUCAGGAGGCUGCCAUUGGGGCCCUGCAAAACAUCACAGCUGGGAAAGGAACAAUGAAUGAAGCAAUCGCCCUUACUAUUGUCCAACGGGAAAAUGGCCUCCAGCAUGUGAAGAAGAUGCUAGAGGAGGGAGAGAAUGACGUGAAGAGGGCGGCCAUAUCACUGAUAAGCAACCUCUCACGCUACCAGGAACUGCACCCCAGCAUUGUGAAGCAGGUGCUGCCAGAGCUGGUGGGAAUGCUCCCCAAUGAUGACAGCGGCAGCGACUUUCCCACUGAGGUGACAGCCUCUCUGUGCUAUAUCUUUAUUAACCUGAGUCAGAGUGACAAGCAGCAUGUAAGAGCCAUCUUCAAUGAGGGAGCCCUGCCAAAGAUCAUCAACAUCAGCAGCGAGGACAACGGUUAUGGACCAACCAGAGCAAGUCAGGCAGCGUCCAUGUUGUUGCACACCAUGUGGAAAUACAACGAUCUCCAUGGAGCCUACAAUAAGUGUGGAUACAGUAAAGCUGAUUUCAUCAAUGCAAGGACAAGAAAGGCUGUGAACUCUGACUGAGACUGAACCAAAUGAAGAUCUAUAAAUACCAAACCCAAGCCGCACUUGUUGACAAUAUCGGCACUUCAGCAGUCCCAAAUCACUUGCACUGUUGGAUUUAUUUUCUCAGCACUGCAGAUAAAAUAUUGUGAACUCUGUCUACAUCACCCUCAAGCAUCCCAUAAAAUGGCUUUAAAAUUGUAAAUUUGUAUCUUUCUUUUUUAUUUCGAUGUUAGUGUUGCUGUUGGUGUUAGUUGGCUUAAACACACGGUGUAAAAUGUCUGCCUCCAGGUGUGUCUGACAUGUUUGAUGAUGUAGAGAAGUACUGUGGGAUUAUGGGGGUCUUCACUGUUAAACAAUCUCACAUGACGCAGACAGGAAUGUUCACUGACAGUGUAGUGUUUAAAAGUUUGCAAACAUUUGGGAUUAUGUAGACAAUGCAACAAAAUAUUUUUUAAAAAAUGUCUUGUUGUUUUUUGACAUCUUAAUGCAGAAAUGUGACAUAUUAAAGCUCUAAGUGCAAAUAUGUCACUUUGAUUACACAACACAGGAAAGAUGCUGUAAGUUAUAUUAAAAUAAAGAUAACGGGUGGCAGAACAAUAAACUUACUGCCACAUUAUUGUCCACUAAAUCUUUUCAUUUCAUGGGAGCUCUAAAGCACUUUGUAGGUUUGUUCACAUUCCUCAUCAUAUGCAUAAGAUAUGACUGGCCGCUGUCCUGCUGUCUCACGGGCAGAAAAAUUGUGAGAAGAAUGUACAAACCUUUCCUGAAAGCUCCCUUUUCUUUUCUUUUCUUUCUUUCUUUCUUUUUUUUUUUUUUUACUGUUGUGGCAGCUAAACAAUUGAGAGGCCUGUUUUGUGUCUGUGAGGGUUUUUUGGCCACACAGUGAUGAAAACAAAGAACCACAAUGAGCAUUAGCAUUACCUUUGACAAACCCACAUAACUGUUAUGUAAUGAAUGUAUAUAAAAUGUGUUUUUAAAAGAGCAUAAUUUGCUGCUGUAACUCACACCAACGAAUGAAUGCAUUGUUUUGAAUGAAACAUGUCCUGCUCUGUGUUCCUGGAAAACUUUGUUAAUAAAUGACAUAAGAAAA